GACUCGCGUUGUUCCCUCACUUUUCUUUUCAUUUGCCUGUAGUUACUUACAUCACCUUAUAACACCCAACUCUGUAAUGUAAAGAAUCCACUUAUUGGGGUGUAGAGCGACUAUAUCCAUGAAUUUUGCAAAGUCUACAGUUGAUAAAGCUGGAAUCUGCACAUGGUGGUAUUUCAUCAUGUUCUGCCUCUUGAGAACGGGGUGCACGUCGUGUGGCCCGCCGUGCGGCACGAACAAGCGGAGUUUUCUCCCUCCCUUGCCCCUCACCCAAAUACAUCACUUCUUAUCAUCAACUUCUGAAAUGUGUAUGCUCGUAAUACUAAGGGCCGGAAACCCCAUCAAGUUCCAUCACUAAUUCCUCCCCUCACAACCGAGCUUCUGUUUGUGGUGGUGUCAU